CGGCGGCCGCCGCCCCGCCGCCGCCAUGGAGGGCUUCGUGGAGUUCACCAACCGCAGCCAGGGCCGCGACCAGCUGUUCCGAGCCACUCAGUACACAUGCAUGUUGCUUAGCUAUUUAAUAGAGCGUAAGGCUGAUAAAAAGAAGCUGGUAAUGAAACUCAAGCAGUUGGAAUCUAGCAUGAGCUCUGGCCGGAAAAUGUUCAGACUGGGCAACAUGGUGCACGCCUUGGUGGCAGCCAGGAGAACGACACAGCUGCCAGAUGCAGUUCCUCGCCUCUGCCUGACGGCCUCCAACGUGACCCGUGCCCUGUACUUCGUGUGCGACGCGGUGCUGUGGCUGAACAGCAUCGGGCUCCAUCCUGACAUCAAUAAGCCCAAGUGGCGCAGUUGGGCUACCAAGUGUUACUACUUUUCAAUCCUGAUGAAUCUAGCCAGGGACUGGUAUGAAGUCUCCUGGAGGCUGGAACAAGCUGUGCAGGAAAAAAAGAAGAAGGAGAAUUUCUCUGGGGACAGACACUAUCAGGAACUCGGCUGUGUGAGGUGUGGCGGUACACACGGCUUUCUCCUCCUGCUGUUUCAGAUACUGAAAAGACAUCCUCCUUUGCUGCUGGACUUGGUGAAGAACCUCUGUGAUCUCUCAGGUCCUUUAGAUACAUUAGGGAUCUACAAGACCAACCCAGGAGUGAUAGGUUUUUGUGGUGUCCUCUCCUCCUUGGUGGGGAUCCUCACAUUAGCAAGCCCACAUCUGAAGCUGAAACAGUGACACAAAAGGAGCUGCUCAGCCAGCAGCGAGUCAACAGCUCUGAUCCUGAUAGGUUUUUAUCCUCCAUAUGGCACUUUCAAAAUGAACAUGUCUCACAGUAACCUCAGGUUAAUUUAGUCCUCUGAAUAAUCAAAUUCUGUCCUUUUUUUUCCCCUUUCCUAUGUCUUUGCAGGUGAGUUUGGUGCCAUGACACACUCAUUGUUGGAGCAGAGAUGGGAGAAGGCAGAGUAAUAUUUCACAGAAGCGGGACAUAGCUGCUAGAUAAGGAAAUACUAAUGUUCUUCUGUUUUAACACAGGGUUGUGAAAGAGCUGCAUAGACAAGUCUAAUAGGUAUAUGACUCAUAACUAAUCAUGUUUACACUGGAGAGCUGGAAUUUAACAUUCAAAGGUUCCUUCCUACAGUCAGAUUUUCCAUAGUGGGCUCAGGCAGGUUAGGAGCUGCAGAGAAAGUCAAGCAUGAGUGUUCUGGUGGGUUUGGGUUGCUGGAUCCUGAUGUCUGUAGGGAGGGAUCUGAAUGCAGUGUGAUACUAACUGAAGGAUGAUGUGAUCUGACCUUCCCGUGAUCUCUGGUGGCACUGGACCUGUAGCCUAGUGAAAGCCAACUUGUGAUGAAAUGAGCACUUUCUUUUUUCCUUCAAUAAUGUGAGUCAAGGACCACUGGGCACUGAGCCUGACUUCUCCAGCAGGCCAUGGCUGAGGGUUUUGGUGAAGGACAGCAUGUGGAAGAAGCUUGCCUGAGUGCUGAUGAUGCUGUGAUUUGUAGGGAGCUGGGUUUCCAAAGCUGUGAAUCUGGAACUACUCAGAAGCGCUCAAUUUCCCAUUACACAUGCACCUUAACUCCCAAACCCCUGUGAUUCCAAGUACAACAGUUUUGCAUUAAUCAUACUGUGAUAAGGAGCUUGUUUUGCUAUUUUAAGUGAAAAAUUCCAGUAUAAUAAGGAGCUUUGGGACUUGCAGUUAAGGAGAGAAGCCUGGCUCAGAGCUCGUUGAGUCAGAGAAGCUGGAAGGGUGUGUUUCUAGUUGGGUAAGGUCCCAGAGAGAAGGGAAGGGAAUGGAGUUGGUCGUGAUCGUAUCAGAAUCCCCUGUGGGAAGAAAAGCUUAUUACUGGAUUUGGGCAUUCAUGGUUUAGAUUUUCCUGUCUGGUCUUCCCUGUCCUCCCUCUUGUGUCUUCCCCCCACCCUCCCCGUGGUUGGAUAGGUUCUACCAUCUGAAAGUGCCUGCAUGAUUGCUCAUCACAUACCUCCCUGGGAAUGAUGGCAUGGCAGUGAAGUCUAGGUUAAAAGAGAAAUACUGUCCAGCUGUCUAAUAUGCCAUGCAGUACUAGUUCUGACAUCAUCUGAUUAAAAUUUGAUAGGAGACUACAUAGGAGAUAAAAUCACCCUUUUUCUUCAUCAGUCAGACCUGCGUGUCCUGCUGCUUUUUGGUGCAAGGACUCUUUGUUUAAUCUGUCAGGAGAUGUGAACAGAGAGUACUCUAAACUGACCCAAGGUACUCCUAUUAUUUCUGGUGCUGUCUUAAAACAGAAAUUAAAAGGUGCUGGUCUGUUUUAUCAAAAGGCAGAGGCUGUGGAAUUGAGCAGGCAUGCUAAGGCAGUGCCCUAGUUUACCUCAAGUCAUUGUGGUCAGGCUUGGAAUUCCUUGCAGUUGAAAUCUGAAGUGUUGGCCUGCCAAUUAAGGGUUUGGAGAAAAAAAACCAAAAAGAGGUUGCUGGGCAGGGUAAUUAAAUGUGCUUGAAGACCAAACUGGGCCUGCAGCAGCUCUUCUUUUGAAUAUGGGAAUGAAUACCAUUAAAAGUAGAGCAGAGAGGCAGCUCAGACCAUAAUGGACCAUACCCCAUCUGGGGUAUGUUGUCUUCAAGGGCUUCUCCUUUUUAACAGUGGAAUUUUUGUUGUUUCUUUACUAUGGAGCUCCUGGCAAUAUAGAGCCCACCCCUCCCUUGGUCAGGUUUGAUCUUUAUCUGUGUGUGUAGCAUCCUCUGUAUGGAAGGAAGAGGAGCCUUCAUGAUCUGACAGUGGAGGUUUGGCCACGGGAUUUUGUCUUCUUGCACAAAAAGCAGGUGUGUUGAAUUCCUCUCAUGGGAGCUCUCAGAUACAAACUACUUCUUGCACUGGUUUGCAAACUGAUUUCUCUUUCUCUUGUAUUUGGUGGGGAAAGGGAUUCAUACAGUGAUGUGUCCCCCCCUGCCCUCCAGCCAGCUGCACCUCCCCGUGCCCCACCGAGGGAGAGGGGUGACUUUUCCCUUGUGCUAGGCAAACACUGUGCAAAGCCAUGAGCCAGCCUUUGAUGUUUCUCCUGGCAUGGAGUAGCAAGUACAGGCAGUGGGUUUUCAGCCUGUCUCAGCCUUACCUGUCCCAUGCUAUGUGACAUGGGUUGGAGCAUACAGGAGUAACUCUCUUGACUGAAUGUUAAGCACUAAUAUUUGCCUUCUGCUCCCCCAGCUGGAGGCUACCAGUUUCAUGUACCUUAACAUGGUGUGACUGAAGCCAUGGUAGAAUCAUGACUGUAUGGAGACAAUCCUUUCAGUGCCAUAUUUUUGUACCUGUUUCUACUACAGCAGUUGCAGUCAGGACAGCUGCUUGGACACGAGCAA